CCUUCGGGCUUCCGUAGCGCGGAUUGGCCGCGGCGCUGUCAUGGUAACCGAUUGACAGCGUCGCCCACUGCUACAGUAAACAGGGGAGAAGAGGUGGCAGGCGCGGUGUCGGGCAGUCGGAAACAUGGCGCUAUCAGCCCAAAAUGUUAUACUGAAGCCUGAUCCCCCAGUUGUUGGAAAAGUGAAUCAUCACAGUAUUGAGUUGUACUGGGAUAUCAACAACAAUUUCAAAUGUAAAGUGCCUUCUGAUAAGUGGUUAAAGUUCUCAAUUGAAGAAGAGGAUGUAAAAACUCAUGUGUUUGGGACUAUUUACUCGGGUUAUUCUAGAAAGCACAUUGUGGAAGGCCUAGAGCCCUCUUCACCUUACAGGUUUAGGCUCAAGGUUACAGGUCAUAAUGGGGACUAUGCCUACAGUCCGGUUGUCGCUGUAUCAACAACAAGAGAGCCGUUGAGUGGUCACCAUCUUCACCGGGCAGUGAACAUGAAUGAUGAACAGGAGGUCAAGAACAUCCUUGACACAGGGCAUGUAAAAGUAGAUAUUCCCGAUAAAUUAGGCUUUACGCCUCUCAUGGUAGCGGCACAAAAAGGAUUCCUCAGGCUGGUUGAACUUCUAACUGAACAUGGAGCAGAUAUAAACCUAAUGAAUGGAAGUGGGAAGAAUAGUGUCAUGCUGUCUUGUUUUGCUGGCCACCUUAAUAUUGUGCAGUAUUUAAGAGGACAAGGAGCCUCGUGGGAAAGCAGAGAUAAAGGAGGAUGUACAGCAAUGCACUGGGCAGCAGACGGAGGCCAUUUGAAAGUUGUUCAGUGGAUGAUUGAUGAUGGCUGUAAGAUUGACAGUAAAGACACCCAUUUGGAAUGGACGCCUCUCAUGAGAAUCGCAGCAAUCUCGGGAAACGUAGACAUCGCCCGAUUAUUAAUUGCAGCUGGAGCGGAAGUAAACGCUAAGGAUACCAAUGGAAAGACACCUUUGAUGGUGGCUGUUUUGAAUAACCAUGAAUCUUUAGUUCAUCUGCUUCUAGAAAAAGGAGCCGACCACAGCAUUAAAAACGAGUAUGGCAUUGGCAUGACCGACAUGGCUAAAGCUUUCAACAGAGAGAGUGUGGUGGCCAUUUUGGAAGGACUAAAAAGUCUGUAACUCAGCGAUUGACUUUGAAAACACUGGAAACCUUGCGGCUCUGACCCAGAACCUUCAGUGAAUCCUGUUCUUCUAGUUAUUUUCUAUUCCACUUUUGUAUGUUAAUAUAUUAUAAUAAACUUUAAUACAACGAACCUCAUAUUCACCAUACAUUUGGUUAAGAGAGUACUAAAAACCAUAUUUAUACUGUAUGUUUUAACUACUAAACUUACUUAACUAGCCGAGAGGGUCAGCAGCCCUAUAACAGGCCUUCAAAGUUGUCCCCAGAAGCUCUUCAUUUUGGAUCUUACUGGGUCACAUUUUGAGUGUCAGUGACACUGCACAUGCUCAGUAAACUCAAGGCAGCUGUUGAGAGGCUAAGAUUAGGGAUAGCCUAUGACACGAAACACGCAAGGCUGUGGACACAAUAAACUUUCUUCACUUUGAACUAUU